AUGGAUUUGAUUUUUCUUCUUAUUAUUACACUUUUUGGGUUAUUAUACAUUUUCAAUGAGGUUACAACCUGUUUAAUUUUGGAUAAAGCAAACAAAAGCCCAUAUAAAAAUAAUACAUUGUUUGUUAAGACAUAUAAAGAAAGAUAUAUUGGAUGUAAGAAAAAUGACAAUUUGCAAAAAAAUCAUACUCAACAAAAAGUUUGGAGAGUAAACUCCAAAUUAGUAAGUUCUUUCGAAUCACCGAUUGUUGGAAUAAACCUAGGAAGUAUAUUAAAAAAUACAAACAAAAAUGAAAGCAAAAAUGAAAGCAAAAAUAAAUACUUAUUUUUUUCAAAAAAUAAUGUUAUAAAUGGUAGUAUUCCAAAAGGUGCAUUAAAUAUUUCAUUAAAAUUAGAAAAAGAAUUAUUUUUAGGUCGCAAUAAAAACUUAGUAAAUAAUUUAUUAUGUCUUCAUUAUAUUCCUAUAAUUUCAAAUUCGUAUUUAAAAAAAAGUUUAAACAAUUUUAGACUUUCAGAUUUAAAUAUAAAGGAAAAUGUUUUAUAUCAUUUAACAUUGAAAUAUUUAUAUGCCUAUGAUCAAAAUGCAAAAGAUAAAAAUGUUUUGGAAAUAAUUCAACAAAAUAAUUAUAAAUUUAUUUCACAACACUCUAAGACAUUAAAGAAAAUGACAAAGCAAGUUCAAAUGCAGGAAGAAAAAAAAUGUUUUAAUAAGUUAGCAAAUAAUAUGAUCACAAGAGAGAGUACCAAUACAUGGGUUGAAAAUAAGCUUGUGGAUGUGUAUUUAAAAAAUCGAAAAAAAUUAAAUAUAAUAUUUAUUAAUACACAAAAAAAAAGAAAUAUAUUUCAAAUUUACAAAAAAAUAAUAGGGAAUAUUAAAUAUUAUGAUAUAUUUGACAGAUUAAUUGUUUUAAAUUAUUUAUAUAAAAAUAAAAAAUAUAGAGAAUGUCUUUUAUUUUUUAAAAAAUAUAUAUAUAACAACAUAUUUGCACACACUACUAGCCAACAUAAAUCAAAAUAUUUUAUUAUAAAUUUUAUUAACACAUUAAAUCAAAAUAAUGUAUUAAAUUUAUAUUUAAUGACGAUACAACAUCCACACUAUUUUUUUUUAAAAUCCAUUUUGCUACCUACAAUUACUGAUAAAUAUAAAUUAAACUUUUUAACAAUGAAUGUUUAUAACUUUGUUGAAGCGAAUUUGAAAGAUACUCUCUAUUUAGGCCUUAACCAACAAAAUGGUGCAGAAAAUUUACAAAAUGGUGUAGAAAAUUUACAAAAUGGUGUAGAAAAUUUGCAAAGUUCAAGUUUACCCCCCUUAUUUUAUAUAACCAUUUUAAAUACAUUUUUGAAAAAAAAAAAUUAUUAUUUUCCUGAUCUUUUUUUAAAACAAUUUUAUUCCUACUACAUAAGCAAUAGUAAUGACUACAACAUAGGUAGCGAUGAUAAGAGUGUUUUUUUUUUAAUCACCUUAGCAUUUUCUUUGAAAAUACUCUAUAUAAAAACUACAGAAAAUGUAACAUCGUACAAUAUGCGACUGUUUGAUAAACCCAAAGAAAGUUAUUUUAUUGACAGAUCACUAAAUGAACAACACAAACAAUUUGAAACGUUGGAAAUGCUUACUCAUACAAACUUCCAAAAUUAUAAUCGUGUAAACAUAUUUGAUGAAGACCUGUUUAGUUCUAAUACAACUAAUUUAGUUGCAGCACUUGAAAUUGCUAAUAAAAUUGUGAACUUAAAUAAAUUAAAUGAUGAAAUUGAUAUAAACAACCAUUUCUAUAUUUUGCUUUUAUUGCAAUAUGUGUAUUUACUACAGUUUAACUUGAAAAAUGGAUUUCUUAAUAUUGAUAAGGAAAAAGAUCAAGCUACUUUACCAGGUAUGGAAGAAAAGAAAGAGGAUAAACUUUUUUCAAAAAUAAUUAAAGAAUAUAAAAAAAUUUUAAAUAAAAAAAUUUCUACACACCCUAACGAAGAAAUUAUAAUAUACAAUCAAGCAUUUGAAGAAUUAAACUUUUUUAUAGAAAAUUAUUUAAAUAAUAUAAUAGAUAAAAAUAUAAAAAAUGAAAAAGAACAAAAUUAUAUCUUACCCGAAAUUAUGUCAAAUUUAAUCCAUAUAUUAUCAAUGCAAAAAAUAAACAUAUCAUUUUUUUUUUCACUCUUACAUUUUCUUGACAUAAAUAAUAAUAAAUUAGUAAACAUUUGUUUAAAAAAUAAACAUAUAUUUAAAAAUAUAAAUAAAAAUAUAAAAAAAUUAAUAAUAAACCGAUUCCGAAAGGGAAUACAAACAAACAAACAAAAUAAACAAACCCCAUUCCUUUUUGACUACAUAUUAUCCGAAUAUAAAGAAAUUUAUGAGACAUAUAAAAGUAUUACUAAUUGUAGUAGCAAAACUGAUAUGAAAAAGUUAAUAAACAAAUUGAUCAAAGUAAAUAAAAGCGAGCAUAAUCUAAAAAUAUUCACAACCCCAAUAUUAGCUUUAAACUUGAAACAGCUAUUUUUUAUUUUUUAUUCCUUAAGUAAUUUGAAAAUGGAUAAAGAAAUUAUUUCUUUAUUUAGACAUGCAAUAAAAGCCAAGUUCUUAAAAAAAAAAAAUUUUAUAGACAUUUUUAAGGAUAAUGACAAAGAAAAAGAGGGCUAUACAAAUGUGAAAAAUAAUAAUAGUAUAGAAGAAAAUACAUAUUUGUAUAAACAUAUUUUUUUAAUAUAUAAUAAUUCUCUCUUAAGUUUAGACAGUUCAUUUUAUAGUCCUAAAUCAAAUAAAUGGGGGGCAAAUUAUUCAAAAUAUUUUUUCUUUUAUUCUAAUAAUCCGUUACACAUUUAUAAGUACUUAACUAACAAAUAUGAAGAGGACUUAAAAAAAGAACAAACAUAUAACCCCAUUAAGUUACAUAAAAAUUGUAAAGAAUAUGAUAAUACAAUUGAAGAAGAAUUACAAAAAAUCGAAAAUAUACAAUUUUUUGGAAUAAAAAAUAUUGAAAGAAUAAAAAAAAGUAAAAUUUUUAAGAAAUUCUUUAUUGACAAAAUAUAUAAUUUUAUAGAUAAAAAUGAUUAUACAUUAAUUUUAAAUGGGCUUAUGAAAUAUUUAUUUAAAAAUAUAACAACAUUAAGAGCUAGCCAAAUAGAUGAAAAAUUGGAAACUAGCGAAAAAAAAAAAAAAAAAAAAUUAUGGAUAAAAUAUGUUUAUUUAUAUUUUUACCUGACUUGGCAAUGUUAUUUAAAAACAAACGAAAUGUCAAAUAUCAAUUUUUUAAUUUUAUUAAAAACUAGUUUACUAAUGAAUGAUAUAAACAAUUUUAAUAAUCUUCUUUUAUUAAAUAAAGAAUUAACACAUAAAAAUUAUAUCCUCAUAAAUUCAAUGAUAAAUAGUGAUCCAAAUGUUUUAUCAUCAAAUUUGAAGCAAAGUUAUGUUUCAAAUUUAACAAAAUAUUUAGCAGUACCAACUGAUAUGUAUAUUAUUAAUAAUGAAAAACUUAUUAUUUAUAAUUUAAAUUAUUUUCAAGUUACAAAAAUAAUUGAUAAUUUUAUUAAUGUGGAAACACAAAUUAUGUUUUUUAUUGAUUAUAGACAAACCUUUAUUGAUUUAAUUAAUUUAGACAAUUUUUUUAAUCUAUCUUUUUUCAAAAAUAAUAAAUUUAUCCAAUUUCUCAAUCAACAUAAUUUAAUAUUAAAUGAAAAUAAUUUUUUUAAAAAUUCAAAAUUUGUCUUAUUUUAUGGAAAUUGUAUUAACAAAAAAAAUAAAAUUAUCAAAUAUUUUUCAAACAAUUAUAAAGAUUAUAAUAUUCGAGAGAACAAAAGUAUAAAAGACGCUCUUAUCAUAUCAGUUCACAAUUAA